CUCACGAGCCGGGUACGACUCUGUCCUUUCCGAAGAGUUAGCUGAAAGGAAUACAGCUCUGGCGGUCAGGUACCUGAAAGAAAGGCACACAAUUACAAGAAAAUAAGUAACAAAAACCCAAAAUAAAAAUACACAAAGGGAACUAAAAGCCUGAAAAUGUCCGCGAAUAAGGACGGAGACGGCGGAUGGAAGAGCUUUCUGUGGAAUUCUGAAAAGAAGGAAUUUUUAGGACGUACCGGCGGCAGUUGGUUAAAAAUCUUCAUCUUUUAUGUAAUCUUCUACGGCUGCUUGGCCGGAAUUUUCAUCGGCACCAUCCAGGCGAUGCUUUUGACCCUUAGCAACUACAAGCCCACAUACCAGGACAGAGUUGCACCCCCAGGCUUAUCACACACCCCACAGUCUGAUAAAGGUGAGAUCUCCUACAGCAUCGAGGGUGAAACUUACAGGCCAUUUGUAAAAGCCAUAAAAGACAUACUGGAGGCAUACAAAGAUGAAAAACAGACAGAUGAGAACUUUGAAGACUGUGGGGAAACUCCUGGCAAAUAUACUGAUCGUGGGCUAUUGGAGGAUGAUGAUGGCAAAAGAAAGGCCUGUCGCUUCAAGAGAUCCUGGCUGGGAGCCUGCUCAGGCAUAGAUGACCCCGACUUCGGCUUUAAGGCUGGAAAGCCCUGCCUUAUUGUCAAGCUCAACAGGAUUGUCAAUUUCAGACCUAGGCCUCCCAAAACCAAUGUCUCGCUCCCUCUGGCUGCUGGUGGAAAGAUUCCAGAAUUUAUAAUUCCCAUCUACUGCAGCAGCAAGAAAGAAGAAGAUGCUGACAAAAUCAAAGAAAUUAAGUACUUUGGCAUGGCCCAAGGAUUCCCACUGCAGUACUAUCCUUACUAUGGCAAGCUGCUACACCCAGAAUACCUCCAGCCUCUAGUGGCCAUCCAGUUCGCCAAUAUUACCCAUAAUGAGGAGCUGCGCAUUGAGUGCAAAGUAUACGGAGAAAACAUUGAUUACAGUGAUAAAGACCGUUAUCAGGGACGUUUUGACCUCAAAAUUAUGGUCAAAUCAUGACCACAGCUAUGAAAAUAGCGCUUUUACUCUGCCCAUUUCAAACCAUAUUAAUUUAGACAAAUGAAAAUUGAAAAAAAUAAAAAAUAAAAUAAGAGCUCAAUUUAAAACAAAGAAACAAACCACGACUAGUCUUGAACAAACUUUCAUAACAUACGGGACCUACACUUAAUCUGUAUGCUUUACACUAGCUUUCUCUGCAUAUGUCUAGGGUUAGAAUGUAAACAUUACAGGAAGAGUAGCAAUAGCAAAGUAUUUAUUCUACUGUAAAUGAGAAUAUUCCUUGAGCCAUGGGACAUGUUCAUUCAUUACUGUAAAUUAUGAUUCCACUACUGAUGUAGCGAGCAGUGUUUCUGUCCCUGAGUAUUUCUGCCUAGUGUGGUCUCGCUCUAUAUUUUUGGAAUGUGCAGUGCAGUAGUCACAUACAAUGGUCCUUUUCCAAGCCAUGUUAUAAUUUCUGUUGUCUUAUGUGAGUCAGUUUAGUGGUCCAAGGUGUGUGUGUAAGUAUGAGUGUGUGUGUGUGUGUGUGUGUGUGUACAUGGCUGAGUGUGUCUAAUUGUAUUUGUACAAUUUAAAAAAGUAAUAAGAAACUAGUGGCAUGGUACGCGCUGAUAUCCCCAGGUCCGUAUGUGAGUAAAUGACUGCACUCCAUGGAAUCUUUUUCUUUUUGACUUACUUUGUUGAUUGUGGGGAAAGUACUUGUACAUCUUCUCUUAUUUGAUCAUCUUGCAGUGUGGGAGUUUGGGGUUAAUGACAUUUCUGUGUAAGGCUUUUACUUUCUUUUUCUUCAAGUGUAGAACUGUGUGUAAUCUAGUCUGGAGAAUCGGCUCCAUCCAAGAAUGGAGGAAUAUUCCUCCCUAUGGUCACCGUGGCAACUCAGUGCUUUAAUUUAAAUUUUGUUUUUUUGUUUUCCUUUUUUUUUUUUUUGCUGGAGACAUCACAAUGUGAUGUAACUUUCUAAUGAAUGUUUAGACAUUUACAUGGUAGAAGAAUUUUAUAUUUAUGCAGUUGUACAAUUUUUUUUCUGCAGGACAAAGUGUAUUGUAUAAAUCCAGAUACCAAAGUCACUGGUCAGGAAUUAGAAAUUUAUCAGAUCCAAUGCAGUACCCCAUGUAAUAUGAAGUUUCAUCAAUGUUAAAAGUGCUUAAAAGUCAAUGUUGAACAUAAGAACAUCUGUCUGCAGUUGCAGCUGCUUUUGUCAUUUUAUUUAAUACAGGUAUGGCCUAAACAAAUAAAUGUACAACCAACCA